AUGCAUUUCGAAAUCUCACCAUCGACCUCACCGUCGACGCCGAUCUCUAUCGGCUUUCAGACUGGAUCACCUGUGAACACAUAUCAGAGCUCUCCCUCAAGCCAAGCUCUGUCCUGCGCAUUUCCAAGCUGGCCCACAGGCUCAUCACUCGGGCGGUCAUCGCUUGGCGGCUUCGGCAGCAGCGCUCCAAGCUCCUUCAUCAGUGAUCUGGAUCUAAUACCGGAUGAUCUUCUGGACGAACUCGACACAAGCAUUCCUCUGCUCGACGCGCCACCGCCCCCACCACGAGAAUAUCUCGCCGUGGCAGCUCCACUAUUACCUCUAUACGCUUCUAAGCCAAAGCAACGGCGAAGGAGCUCCCGCAAGGAAAGACGACCCUCAAAACCGAUGUCGCCGAUCAACGAGUCGCCUGAGACGCCUGAGUGA